AAAAAGCAAAACAAAAAAUAGAACCGCUUCAGUAACUUAUCGUGUUCGUUUUUCAAAAUUCUCAACCGCUUUGGCUUUAGAGAAACCAUUUCUUGUUGCAGUUAGGUUGUUUCGUGUACCCAUGGCGUCUUCAUUCUCAACUCAAUUUCUUCAAUCUCACAACACACUUUCUCAUCUUCAGGGUAAUUUUAGCCAAGACGUGUCUCUGGUUCAAAGGUCACAAACCGUAUCAAGGAUUGGUUACAACACAUCAUUGCCAUCAAAAUCACAUUUUCCUUUGAAGUUUUCAACCACACAACAAGCUGGAGCAACUUCAAUUAGAUAUAGAAAAGUCACAUGUGCUGCUGCCGCUGAAAAUGUUCAAGAGCUGCAAGCCAAAGUGACAACCAAAUGCUUCUUUGAUGUAGAUAUUGGGGGUAAAGCUGUGGGCAGAAUUGUUUUGGGCUUGUUCGGAGAGGUUGCUCCGAAAACAGUUGAAAAUUUCCGCGCUUUGUGCACAGGAGAGAAAGGAUAUGGUUACCAAGGAUGCUCCUUCCAUCGCGUAAUCAAAGAAUUCAUGAUUCAGGGAGGGGACUUCACUGAAGGAAAUGGAACCGGUGGAAAAAGUAUCUACGGUUCGAGUUUUGAAGAUGAGAAUUUUGCUUUGAAGCAUGUUGGUCCUGGAGUUUUGAGCAUGGCCAAUGCCGGCCCUAAUACCAACGGCAGUCAAUUUUUUAUUUGCACCGUAAAGACUCCAUGGUUAGAUGAUCGACAUGUUGUGUUUGGACAUGUCAUUGAAGGAAUGGAUGUUGUGAGGAUACUUGAGUCUCAGGAAACAAGCAGGUUAGAUAUCCCUACAAAGCCUUCCAGAAUUGUUAAAUGCGGAGAAUUGCCUCUAGAUGGUUGAUACUUUUAUGGAUCUUUCUGAAUAUCGUCUAAUCAUGUUAACGAGUUUGUAUUAUCAUCGGUUGCUGUUUAAUGGAUUCUCAUUUGGAGACAAGGCAGAGAUACAACAUCCUUGUUUAGUUUUACUAGACUAAUGUUUAAUCCUUGUAAUGAUAAUAUUAAAUUAUCCAGUUAAUUUUAGAACAUCCAUGUCAUUCUAUGUUUAAUAAUCAUGUCAUUCUAGUAUUGUUAAUAUGA